AACACACUGGUUGUAACAGAAGAAGUUGGCAAUGAUGUGGUUGUGCAUGUUAUGCUAGCUAGCAUGCCACUGUUCUUACUCUUAGCCUUAGGCAUACACUGAUGACACAUCUGGCUGAGUUUAAAUUCAAGUGGUUUGUAAAUGGAACGAGGACGUGCACGAAAGAGAGGCCACCCUAAUCGGGGUGGUGGCAGAUUUAACAGAGGUCGAGGGGGUGUCCAGCCGGGUCGAGGUCGUGGCAGAGGUCAGCGAAUAGCCCGUGGCGGUGGCGGUGGGGCAAGCCGGGGUGGAGGAAGUGGUUUUCAGCGUAAGGGAGUUGGCGACCUGGAUGACUGGGAAGAUCGGCCGCUAGAUGGACUGCACAGGGAAGACCAGGAUUAUGGUUACACACAUCCUUCACAGAGUCAUGGUUACACACAUUCUUCACAGAGUCGUGGUUACACACAUUCUUCACAGAGUCGUGAACCUGUCAAAGUCUGGUCACGGCCACCAAAGGUCAAGGUUGCCAUGCAGAGGAUUCAGAUGAGUAGAGAAAACCAAGACAUGAUUCGAGACAUGCUGCAAGACUUACAUGGAGAGGAGUUAGACAUUCCUUGUGAAGAGGAUUACGACUACCUUGACGUUCGUUCUGAAGACCAGUACUGGCUGUCGGACGGCACUCUGCAGAUUGAAGAUAGUUACAGCUAUGCAACUGAGGAUACCCAUUCCAAAACAGCAUUUGUUGUAAACCAGUUUGCCAUUAACAAACUGGUCCGAUACGGCUUUGAUAAGGAGAGAUGUACAGAGGCCUAUGAAAGUGCUGACGGCGACAUUGGUGCAUCUCUCGAACAACUGUUGUGUGAAUGCUUUAAGGAUGACUUAGAGACAGCUAAACACCCUGAAGCAGCUUCCUGUAAACAAGACAGCAGUUUCUGGCAGGAGGUCAUGGAAAGCCGAGACGAGGAAAUGAUUGCCUUGAAAUCUAUUUAUGAGGACAAGUUUGAGGAGAGAAUUGGUAAUACUGUGUGGGUUCUGAAUCUUGACUUGGAUCACUUGACAGAAAUGGUUGCUCCUCAAGCAUGCGUGAAAAGAACUAGAGCUCAAGCUGCCAAUAACGUUUCAAACAAUAUAUGUAAAUAUUUUUUAAGUGGUACUUGUAAAUAUGCAAACCGGUGUAAGUUCAAGCAUGUUAAAGAGGAAGAAGAUAAUUCGUUGGCUAGCGCUGAAUCGUUUCUGUACCAUCUGGAAGUUCGUUUUCCUUCAGGGAACUGUUACCCUCAGGAACCGCCAUUACUGGCAUUUUCUUCAACCUAUCAGUUCAUGCCCACACAUAUAAGUCUGAAUAUCACUAAACACCUAAUGAAAGAAGCUGUCAGUCUCUCUCUUACGGGUGAACCUGCCAUUUUUACUCUAGUCAGUCUGCUGGAUGAUGUUCCUCUGUUGAAGUCGAUCGUUGAUGGAGCACCCUCUGAAAUGAGUGUACCAAGGGCAGUAACUAGUCGAUUUAGGCCUGUGAGGCAGAAGGUAAUGAAGUCUUCCCAAGAGGAAGAGGAGGAUGAUGAGGAUGAGGGGAGCGAUGUAGAUAAGGAAACUAUUGAGGCUUUGGUUAGAAUGACAGAGAAGGAAAGUGAAGUAACCACAGAGGAAGAGGUCCAGCCACAGAAGUUUAGAAGGAAGGACAUCGUACGUCCUCCAUUACCUGAAGCACAGCUCAGAAAGAUGAACCGGGUUUUAAAACAAGAAUAUCAGAGGAAAAGGAAUGUUUCUUCUUACAAGAAGAUGCAAGUCCAACGACAAAGCUUACCAGCAUGGGACAUGCAGGAUCUGCUGGUGGAUGCCAUUAGUAAUCAACAAGUUAUGGUUAUCAGUGGGAUGACAGGAUGUGGUAAAACCACACAGGUUCCUCAGUUUUUACUUGAUUUCUACCUUACGACGAAGGAUGGUGACAUGUGUAACAUUGUGUGUACCCAGCCUCGCCGCAUCUCAGCCAUAUCCGUCGCAGAAAGAGUAGCCGAGGAACGAGCCUGCAAACUGGGAGGCAUUGUGGGAUACCAGAUCAGACUGGAGAGUGUGCAGUCCUCGAAGACGCGGUUGCUGUUCUGCACUACGGGAAUCAUUCUGAGACACCUGGAGGGUGACCCGUACCUCACGGGCAUCACUCACAUCAUUGUGGACGAGGUUCAUGAGCGCUCACAAGACAGUGAUUUCCUGCUGAUGAUUCUGAAAGAUCUGUUGCCACUGCGACCUGAUCUGAAAGUCAUCUUAAUGAGUGCCACACUCAAUGCUGAGCUUUUCUCCACGUAUUUUGGUCAAUGCAGAACGAUUGAAAUUCCAGGAAAAACCUUUCCAGUAGACCAGUACUUUCUUGAGGAUGUAAUCGAGGAAACAGGGUUUGUUUUGGAGGACGGUUCCCCCUAUGCCCGUUCUCUGAAGAGAACAAGUGCGAGCCCUGGAGAGACGUGCCAUUCUGUUGACGACAUCACAGACGAGAUACGAUCACUGAGCUGUGGUAGUUCAGUGCCAUACCCCAAAGACAACAUCCGUGAUGAGAACCUCACAGUCAAACAGUUGUUUGCAAGAUAUUCAGAUGGAGUCAGCCGAUCAACAAUUAAAACACUGGCAAUGGUUGACCAUGACAAAAUCAACAUGGAUCUCAUCAUUUCCAUACUGGAGUGGAUUAUACAUGGGGAUCAUGAAUACCCGAGGAAUGGUGCUGUGUUAAUAUUCAUGCCCGGGUUUGCUGAGAUCCAGUCAUUCUAUGAUACACUGCUGUCUCAUUCGGAGUUCAGAAACAAGUCACGGUUUAAAGUCAUUCCCUUGCACUCCACUCUUUCUAGUGAAGACCAGCAUGCUGUGUUUCAGAGUCCACCAAAAGGUGUUACUAAAAUUGUAAUAGCCACUAAUAUUGCUGAGACAUCCAUUACAAUUGAUGAUGUUGUCUUUGUGGUUGACACGGGAAGAAUGAAAGAAAAAAGGUAUGAUUCUUCGAAAGGCAUGGAGAGCCUGGAACUGGUUUGGGUAUCGAGAGCGAAUGCUCUACAAAGGAGAGGUCGCGCUGGUCGUGUGACGUCCGGAGUGUGUUUUCACCUGUUCACGAGUCAUCGCUUUGAACACCAUCUGAGAGAACAGCCAAUCCCAGAGAUUCAAAGAGCUCCUCUUGAACAAAUCUGUCUCAGAAUAAAAAUGAUGGAUAUUUUCAAAGAUAAUAAUAUUAAAGAUGUGUUGAUGAAUCUGGUAGAGCCUCCAGCCAUGCAGUCCAUUGAUGAUGCUCUCAAAAGACUGCAGGAUCUUGGCGCACUCAACCCUGAUAUGGAGCUAACUCCUCUUGGAUACCACCUUGGAUCUCUGCCUGUUGAUGUUAGAAUUGGCAAAUUGAUGCUGUUUGGUGCAAUAUUUCGGUGUCUGGAUUCUAUACUCACAAUAGCUGCCACUCUAAGCUCAAAGUCUCCUUUUGUGUCACCAUUUGACAAACGUCAAGAAGCUGACAACAAAAAACUGGAGUUUGCGUUGGGCAACUCGGACCAUUUGACUGUGCUAAAUGCCUACAUGGGUUGGAUUAAUGCCAGGAAGAGAAGCUCCCAAGAAGGAUUUCAUUUCUGCAGAGAGAAUUUCCUCUCUGUCAAAUCUCUUCAGAUGUUGUCGAGUCUGAAACAGCAGUUUGUGGAGCUGAUCUCAGAUAUUGGCUUUGUGAAGGAAGGCAUCACUCUGCGAGAUGUGGAACGGGUGGCACGUGACGGAACUGAUGGGGUUAUCAAUGCUACAGGCUCAGAGGCCAAUGCAAAUUGUAACAACUGGAAACUCUUAUCAGCUGUCUUGGUUGGAGCCUUGUAUCCCAAUGUGGUGCAGAUACUCACCCCUGAAACACGAUACAGUCAGAGCAGUGCAGGUGCUGUAAUGAGAGCUCCAAAGCCCCAAGAAAUGAAAUUCAAGACAAAACUGGAUGGAUAUGUUUUUAUCCACCCAUCUUCAGUGAACUUCCAAGUUCGACAUUACGAGAGUCCUUAUUUAGUGUAUCAUGAAAAAGUGAAAACAUCAAAGGUGUAUAUCCGGGACUGUACAAUGGUAUCGGUGUACCCACUUCUCCUGUUUGGCAGUGGUGUCAUAUCCAUAGACCUGGAACACGGGGACUUUGUCCUGUCUAUUGAUGAUGGCUGGAUUCGAUUUCUAGUCAAGUCGCAUGAGAUUGCAGAGCUUGUAAAAGAAUUGAAAGGAGAACUUGACCAACUUUUGGCCGACAAGAUUAGCCAACCAAACAUGGAUCUGUGUACUUGUCCUCGUGGCAGUCGAAUAAUAGAUACCAUAGUCACGUUAAUAACAUCUCAAUAAAACAAACUACAAUUUUAACAUAUGAAAACAAAAAUUAAUAUUGGUGUCAUAGCAACUAGAGAAACAAGAUUGUAAGUGUUAUCCACUCGUUAAACAAUUUUGUGAUGAAAAGCCCCCGAAAAUUGAUGUGUAUACAUUCUGUGUGCCAUUGACAUUUGUAGAAGCAAAGUGUAAGCGAAAAGUAAAUUGUACGUAAAAUCAAAAUGAUUUUCUGGUACUGGAGAACUGGAUACAUUCUGUUGAUAAGACUGAAUUUUUUUUUUUCUUACAUACUAAUUUGAGAGUUUUAUAGCUAGGGUACAGAAAGUAUGUCUUCUUGUAAAACGGGUGAGUUAAAAAUAUAACCACCAGUCCAAUAGAUCACCACCUUUUUUGCAAUAGUGACGUCACAGCCUACAAUGGUUUUGGUUUUGCCAUAUUGUAGAACUACAUGUAAGCUUCGAAUCUUUAGAUCUCACUAAUUUGGGCACAACAGGUUUUUGUUUUUUUUAGAAAGUUCUGAACACAACUAGGUUUUUUUCAGUUGAGCAGUGUAACAGUGUUGUUAACAGCUGCAGAAAAGUUGUGAAUAUUUAGAAACAUAUUUCAAGUUACAUCUAUGUUAACACAAUGAAAACUUAACAUUUCAUUGGUUUUGAGGUCAGCAUGCUUGUACUUAAUUUGGGGAUACGUAUUUUGGUCACAGCAUGUACUGACUUGACGAUUUAAAAGCCCUGAUCAUAUGGCAGUAUAUUCAUAUACAUAAAUUAUGUGGGAGAAUUAUUUAAUGCCAUCUGAUUAGCUGCUUGAUGGUGAUGACCUACAUAUCAAAUUCCAAUGAGAUCGUUAUUUAUAUUACUCUGUUAAAAACAAAAACUGUUUUUAAACCUACGUUUUUAGUAUAUUUAAGAAAUAGAAUACUUACAUCUCAAAAUAUGUGUAAACUACACUCUGGUCCCAAAUUUUUUAUGAUAAAUGUGUAGAACCAAAAUUGGUAGUUAUUCCAGUACAUAAACUAUUUCAUUCUUAUUUAAGGUCAGCAACAGACAGUUGCCGAACCAUCGUUUUGGCUUCUAACACAUCAAAUACAUUUAAUUAGUAAUCUUCAAACAAAACAAUUUCAGUAGCAGCUUUUCAUUGUUUAGAAAAUGGAAGCAUCAUGCACCCAUUGUUGCAGGGAUUUGCAAAGUGCUGUCAUUUGAAUAUAGACAUCAUUCAAAAUAAAAAAAACUGCUAUAUUAUUGCUAUGUUUUGCCACAUUGUCACAAAAACACUCUGGUCUACUUGCCUUCAACCGUGUCAAAUUAGUUCUGAGUUCCAUAUUGAGUAGACAGCACCGUUUUAAGACGAAUCGGAGAAAAAAGUACAAUUUGUCAAAUGUUACAAAAAAAACCCAAGCUGUAAGAUAUUUUUUAUUCAAUGUGUUUGAGCCAAAAUGAUGAUGCUUGGAUGUAUUGAACACAGAUGUAACAUACAAGUUAGACUGUGAUAUUUUCCCUUUAACAUUUGAAAUAGUGAUGAGUAGGAAGUGCUAUUUUCUGUGAAAUGUUACCAUACAAAGAAUUCCACAGUGAUUAUGUCAAUAUAUAAUGAUUUGAUUAAUUUAUUAAAUAAUGAAUUGUGUAAAUUGGCAUUAAUUUGUAGUUAAAAUUGAAAUAAUAUAAGAAGGUAGAUAUAGAAUAAUCAAGAGCCGGCCUUGGUUUUCUAGUGGUAUCGGACAUGGGGCUGGCAGGUACUGGGUUCACAUCCUGGUAUCGGCUUCCACUGAGAGCGAGUUUAAUGACUCAGUGGGUAGGUGUAAGACAACUACAUACAUUUUUAUUUCAUUAACCACUAACCCAUUGUCUUGGACAGACCGCCCAGAUAGCUGAGGUGUGUGCCCAAGACAACAUGUUUGAACCUAAAUUGGAUUUAAGCAUGAAAAUAAGUAUAAACAAUGGUCGAGAAAUGUUAGAUUUACGACCUGCAGUCAUACCACAGCUGUUCAUUUAUUAUAUCAUAUCUGCUGUGCUAUCACAUGAACAUUCUUACAAAUAGGACAGUACAGGCCCGUGGUUACGGGAUCGGGAUCGGGAUCGGGAUGGGGGGGGGGGAGGAGGGGGGCGGGGCGUCACAAUCUCUAAACAGGUGGUUACAGCCUCUAGUGUGUUUGUGUGUGUGUGUUUGGGGGGGGGGGGGGGUGAUACAGGCCAUAUUUUUUAUAUUUAUUUAAAUACAGUAGGGGAAAAGAAACUAACAAAAAAUAAAUAAAAAUAAAUUACAUUUUUCUCCUCGGGGGGGGGGGGGGGAUGCCUUCCUGGUUCCUACGAGCCUGCAGUAGACCUACAUAUUUAGAGUAAAGGGAGAAAACAAGGUUAUAUUAAAUUAUUUUACUUUAUUUUUAAUUGAUAAAAGAAAGGUUUGUUGUUGCAUGUGAGCCAGCCAGUUACUGGACCAGUAUAUACCAGUGAUAUCGAUUGUGUCUUCCAGUUAACACUGUUUAUAGACUGUGAUAGUAACUUCUCUCUUUAUAUUAAAAAGUGUUAACUCGUAA